AUGAAAUUCUUCUCCUCAGAACCCCAUUGUUCCGGUGAAGGUGGUUCCGUUGGCAUCCACCUAUCGAUAAGCGAAAGUCGAGUGCGGGAAUGUUCCCAACCAGACUUACCACGUAGCAUUGCAUUUCCUGAAUUCCGAUUUCGGCGGGAGGAAGCUUCGGAAAUCGAACCGGGGACUGCGACGCAUAUUCCCAUACGUGAGAUGUUAUAUUGUCCGGAUCAGUUCGUUGUAAAGGUCUUCUCAAAUGCCGUGAAGGAUGAAAACGAUACACGCACAAAUUUCUCAACGAAAGCCACUUCCGAAGCCAUAGCAGACGAAGUUCAAAGCCGAAUGUGCGCCAAUAAUUUUCAAAUGUCAUCGAUUAAAACAAAUCGCAAAAAAAUAACGGCAGAUGAGGAGGGUUUUCAGUCUACGCAUAUAUGCAAAGAAGUGCAACAUUUUGACGUUAAAUACGACGGCAUGACAAAAGAAGACAGCUGGUUGUUGGAGAGCGCCCAAGUUUUACAUCCGCUUACACGAAGACGUUAUAUGUUCUUGUGCAACCACUGGUUUUCCCUGUAUAAAGAAGAUGGCCGAGUGGAACGAGAGCUACUUGGAGUGCGAAGCGUCGAAACUAAAUACACUAUUCUUGUGGUCACUGGGGAUCAGGAAGGAUGUGGUACAGACAGCAACGUUUUCGUUACCAUUCAUGGUCGGACUGGAAUUACGCCGCGUAUUGAAUUAGCACCAGAACUGUUGAGAGAAAAUAGCACGAAGCAUCUGCCGUUUACCAGAGGAACUAGCAGUACAUUCACUGUGCGGGCUCCCAGUGUCGGUGCGUUGACUAAAAUUCGAAUCAGUCAGAAUGCAUCGGGACGUUUCCCACACUGGUUCAUUGAACGUGUUGUUGUAACGAAUUUGGCCCAUCCAAAGUGGACUUAUUACUUCAAUUGUUCCUUUUGGUUGUCCCCAUCUUACGCGGAUGGAAAGCUCAGUCGACUGGUCAGGGGAUUCCGCGAACCAACAGGACUUGGAGGAGAAGCCGAGUACCGCCUAACAUUCUACACUUCUGAUAGACCAGGAGCGGGUACAACCGCUGACGUUUUCGUCCAGCUCCAUGGAGAAGUUGGCACCAGUCGCGAGAUGUGGCUGAAUGAUCCAUGUUGGAUUAAGGAACACACCAAAAAACCAGCAACCCCUAUUCGUUUUCCCCGAGGAUCCCGCGUUAAAAUCCACCUCGCUCCUUGCCAGCAAUAUGGUUAUCUCGAGCGACUAACUGUGGGGCAUAACAACCGCGGAGAAUCACCGAGUUGGUGUUUAGAAAAAGUAAUUGUGGACGAACUGCGACUUCAACGCGUGUUCGAGUUCCCUUGCCGUGAUUGGAUAGGUCCUCCGUGGUCGAAACAGCUUUACUGCUCCUCGGUACGGUCGAAAGACGGAUAUCAGGACAACUGGCAAAAACUUCCUCUGGAAUUCCGCGUAGUUACGGGCGACUCGCCUGAUGCUGGCACAACCUCCCGAGUCUUUAUCCAACUUCAAGGUCCUGAAGAGAACGCCGGUGAAUCCCAGCGCAGGGCUUGUUCUGAACGAAGACUUUCCUCCGCUGUCUCUGAAUCUACAAGCUCUGUGUCAACGAGUAUUAACAAUGACAGUUCCAAAGUUCAUGAACCUUACAUCACUCCGUACAUAUGGUUUGGUGAAGGACCGUUUGAGCGGGGUCGAGUGGCCACCUUCAGAAUCGACUUGGCAGUUCCUGUGUGUAUCAGUCCGAUCGGCAAACUGUAUGUUGGUCACGACAAUUCGGGAGACUCACCAUCCUGGUUCCUUGAUAAGAUCAUUGUGGAUUGUCCAACAACAGGCGUGCAGCAAACAUUCCUGGGUAGCUGUUGGCUUUUGAAAGAGAAAGGCAGCAAAAAGGUGCAGAAACUACUACACGAAGAUAGAAAGCAGCGAAAACAUUUCGAACCAAAAAUACCUUGGCUGCUCUCGGUCUUCACAAGUGAUCGCCCUCAAGCAGACACAAUCCCUACGGUUUCUAUCGUGCUUUAUGGUAGUAGUGGCAAAACGAAAGACAUUGAACUCAACAGAACGUUGUUGGAAGAUCAAACCAAUUGGAAUCCGGAGUGUAUCGACACCGAGAAGACUUUGUUUCAACGUGGUGCGGAGGACGUGUUUCGAGUGAACCUGGAAGAUAUUGGUGUACCUUACAAGCUACGAGUGAGCAACAACGGUGGAUCCAAAAUACCUUGGCUGCUCUCGGUCUUCACAAGUGAUCGCCCUCAAGCAGACACAAUCCCUACGGUUUCUAUCGUGCUUUAUGGUAGUAGUGGCAAAACGAAAGACAUUGAACUCAACAGAACGUUGUUGGAAGAUCAAACCAAUUGGAAUCCGGAGUGUAUCGACACCGAGAAGACUUUGUUUCAACGUGGUGCGGAGGACGUGUUUCGAGUGAACCUGGAAGAUAUUGGUGUACCUUACAAGCUACGAGUGAGCAACAACGGUGGAUCCAGUUCGUCUUGGCAUCUGGAUAAGAUUGUCUUAUCCAGCUUGAAUGACAACGAGGAAGAAUAUAUAUUCCCAUGUAAUCGUUGGCUUAGUCAAACUGAAGAUGACAGCUCGGUAACACGUGAAUUACCAGCGACCGGUGAUCGGAUUUUAUCCAACCCAGAAGUGUACAAAUAUCGCGUCAAAUUGUUUACCAGACCCAGAGCCGGUCUCGGGCUUCGUGGAAAGGUUUGUGUUAACCUGGUGGGGGAAGGUGGGGACACUGGUGACCGGUGGCUAACCGUACCAACUUCCGAGAUGAAGAGUGGAGGCGACGAACAGAUGAAUGAGUUUGUCAUUGAGGCAGUGGAUUUGAAGGCGUUGAAAAAACUCCACAUUGGUCAUGAUGGACAGCAUCCCGGAGAUGGAUGGUAUCUUUCCCGCGUGGUCGUGGAACAGGCGAAAAACCCUUCAAAGAGCACAACGUUCGAAUGUCACCAAUGGCUUGACGUAUCGUCAGAAGAUGGAUGCAUUAUGAAGGAGUUUGUUUCAUCCGGCGCAACAGAGUGUAUCCCUUAUGAAAUCGUCCUUUUCACGGUUGAUCGACAACCAAGUGAUUUGUGUGAAUUCAAGGCCUCAAUCCAGUUGUAUGGAAUGCCCCUUUAUCGGAGAACUGGAGUGAUUCCACUGUCCGUCCAACCGGAAGUUCAAGUGAACCGACUCACGCUGAAAACCCUACGAUUGUGGGAUGAGGGACCGUCGCAUGCUGGAAGCUGGUUUCUGGACAAUAUAACUCUUACCGUACCCCAGUGCGGUAUGUGUUACACGUUUGACAUACAUCGGUGGAUCUACUCAGGAGAGACAUCUGAAGCUGCAGGUAUCGGACUAUCACCUACGCUGACGGAAACCGUUGCAAAGGGUAUCCCUUAUGAAAUCGUCCUUUUCACGGUUGAUCGACAACCAAGUGAUUUGUGUGAAUUCAAGGCCUCAAUCCAGUUGUAUGGAAUGCCCCUUUAUCGGAGAACUGGAGUGAUUCCACUGUCCGUCCAACCGGAAGUUCAAGUGAACCGACUCACGGUGUACGAAGAGGACGUUGGAAGGCUGCAAAAAGUGCAUAUCUGCUGCAAGACAAUAGAUAAUAACAUGAAAUGGCCCAUCCGCCGUAUUUUAAUAAGAAAAUCAGUGUCAUAUCAGGCUGUGAGUGACCAUGCGAAGUCUGAUACUAGGCACGUAGAAGGCAAAAUGGAACCCGGCAAAAAAUCAACAAAAAGUUCCACUGGCUUUGAUUGUGGUGCGGCGCAGUUAGAAUUUGACGGUCCUUGCCCAGGACUUCUCGAUCAUUCCCAAAUGGAGAACUACUGGUUCAUUGUUGACGGAGAGUGCAUGCAAUCCACGGGUAAUCAUGUUGCUGUCUGCGAGAUUCCAGCCACCACUGAGGAUGGGAGACUUUUGAAUAAGCUCACUGAGUCGAAAUAUGAGAUUCUCGUCAAAGCUGGAAACGGAAGCAACAGCGGAAAGAAGAGAAGCAUGUACCUCGUUCUUUGUGGCCGGGAUAACGAUUCAGCUGAGGUAGAAUAUAGGUCGGGAAAAUCCAUACAGCCAAAUGGAGUGGACAAGUUUGAGUUAACGUUGAUUGGUCUUGGAGAAUUACAGACGGUUAAAAUUCGUCGGGGUGAAGCUGCUGAUUCUACCGACUGGUAUUUGGAGUGGAUUUCAAUCAAAACGAGCAAUUCUCGACAAGGGCUUGAGUAUCUAUUCCCCUGUUACUUUUUCCUAUCGCGUGACCGAGAAGAUGGGAUCAUUUCAAAAGAACUAACGCCAGCAUCCUCCGAUGUCUUUCGACGUUGGAAAGAUGGAAAGAAUAUCAAGGAUUGCAUUGCAUUGCCUGAAGCAGGUGGGAUGGCGACUUAUGUCAUACGUGUUCGUACCGGAACUGAAUUUGGAGCUGGAACAAACGCCCGGGUUUUCAUCGAGCUGUUCGGUGAACAUGGGUGCACUGGUGCUCUUCAGCUGUCGAACAGUAGAGGUGAAAACGGAAGAAAGAAACGAAAUAUGUUUGAAUCGGGUGGGAUGGACAGUUUCACAGUCAGAACAGAUCAUGUGGGCCCAGUUACUAAGAUUCGAAUCGGGCACGAUUCAUCAGGCGCCUCAUCCGCUUGGCAGGUUGAUCAAGUUGAAGUGGAAUCGUCAGAAUUGAACCGAAUUUGGACGUUUCGGUGCAAUCGCUGGCUUCUUCCAGCAGCUAGAGGUCACCACGUUGAGGCGGAAUUCGAAACACAGGAUGAGCUUACUCGACCUCUACGUCCAACAAUGACUUUCGAGGUAAAAGCUCACACAACCGAAACGUCUGGUUCUCCGCGUAUGACAGCAAAUGUAUUUCUGCAACUAUUUGGUCGGAACGGUGAAGCCUGUGACCCCGUGCAUCUCACGAGAAAGGAAGGAGAAGGUUCGCCGUUCAAACCCGGGGCAGUGGACACCUUCCUAAUUGAAACGGAUCAUAUUCCGUUACCUCUCCAGAAAAUCCGUCUUUGGCAUGAUGGCCAUGGAACUCAACCAAAUUGGAAUAUCAGUCGAGUGGAACUGAAGCUCAUUCAUCCAGAUGAUCAAGUGAACGAAACCAUGGUGUUUCCAUGUGAACAUUGGCUUUCAGCCGACGAAGGAGAUAUGACACUGGAACGCCUACUCUACCCUCUUGCAACAGUGGCUGAAAUACAAUCAGCCAAUGAAGAAAUUCAACCAGAGAUUACCUUGAGGCAAUACGAAAUCCAUGUGAUCACAGGAGACGAGCAGAAUGCCGGAACAGACGCUAACGUAUACCUUACACUAUACGGCGAAAAUGGUGAUAGCGGAGAACGCAAGUUGGCAGAAUCUCAAAUACAUAGAAAUAAAUUUGAGGCUGGAAAUACCGAUAUCUUCCACUGGGAUUUAGAGUAUCUUGGAAAAAUAUAUAAAGCACGCAUUCGGCAUGAUGGCAGUGGUCCUGGAGCCUCCUGGUUUUUGUCGCGAAUAGAGGUACAUUUGCGGGGAGCGGAAGUGGUCAGCACAACUCAGGAGGCUCAUCAGUCCAAGUCCGAGCCAACUGUAUUCUACUGUAACCGAUGGCUCUCCACUCAACAUGAUGAUUGUUCCGUCGAUCGAAUUCUUUACGCGCAUGACUACCGUGAAACGGAGUCCUUGACAUCGUUGCACACGAGUCCUAAUAGGUUAUCGGCGGAUUAUCCGCCCUACUUGUCCGGGACGUUUAUCUUUCCAAGGUCGUCUUCAGACGAGGUACGGCAGACGGAUCACUCUGUUACGCCCACAGUACCAUAUCACGUGCGUGUCGUCACCGGAUCUAUCAAACAUGCGGCUACACCCGGACCUGUGUGGAUAAAAUGCAUUGGGAAACACGGCGAGGAUAUUGGAAAAUUCCUACUUUUUAACGAAUCAAGAGGGACUGCACUUCGAAAAGGAACAACAGACAAAUUUGUGUUUGAUGCACCAGCAUUGGAUGCCCUCUCAGAAAUCGAGGCGAGUACCGAUAUCUUCCACUGGGAUUUAGAGUAUCUUGGAAAAAUAUAUAAAGCACGCAUUCGGCAUGAUGGCAGUGGUCCUGGAGCCUCCUGGUUUUUGUCGCGAAUAGAGGUACAUUUGCGGGGAGCGGAAGUGGUCAGCACAACUCAGGAGGCUCAUCAGUCCAAGUCCGAGCCAACUGUAUUCUACUGUAACCGAUGGCUCUCCACUCAACAUGAUGAUUGUUCCGUCGAUCGAAUUCUUUACGCGCAUGACUACCGUGAAACGGAGUCCUUGACAUCGUUGCACACGAGUCCUAAUAGGUUAUCGGCGGAUUAUCCGCCCUACUUGUCCGGGACGUUUAUCUUUCCAAGGUCGUCUUCAGACGAGGUACGGCAGACGGAUCACUCUGUUACGCCCACAGUACCAUAUCACGUGCGUGUCGUCACCGGAUCUAUCAAACAUGCGGCUACACCCGGACCUGUGUGGAUAAAAUGCAUUGGGAAACACGGCGAGGAUAUUGGAAAAUUCCUACUUUUUAACGAAUCAAGAGGGACUGCACUUCGAAAAGGAACAACAGACAAAUUUGUGUUUGAUGCACCAGCAUUGGAUGCCCUCUCAGAAAUCGAGGCGAUCAUAACCUAUCAGCUCAUGAUUGCAACGUGUGAUGUGGAAUCGGCGGGAACAGAUUCGGAUGUGUACCUGCAACUUUUUGGAAGUCGCGGAAUGUCCAAUGAGAGACUGGUCGAGAAGAAAGACACGUUCGAAAGGGGCUCAGUGUGCCGUUUUCAAAUGGAGUUUGAGGACGUUGGUGAUCUGCAGAAAAUUCGUGUAAGACAGGAUCCACAGGGCGAAAGACGACACUGGAAGCUGGACCGUGUGGAAAUCAACAAAGGUGACGUAACUUAUUUCUUCGAAACUGACGGUGGUCAGUGGUUAAGUACAAAACAUGGUAAUCGGAAGCUAAAUUGGACUGAUAUGGUGGCCUCUGUGAACGGCAAGAAGCAACUGGACAAUGCGGAUCUCAAAAUACUUGUAAAAACUUCGAACAUUUCUGGCGCUGGAACAGACUGUGGUAUAUUCAUCCAACUCUUCGGUGAACACGGGGAUUCCGGACCCUGGAGACUCACUGAGUGUCAGAAUAACCCAACACCAUUCAAGAACAAUGCGUUGGAUGAAUUCUUCCUGCGUGGCAUACCGGAGUUGGGCAGCAUUGCCCGAUGUCGUGUCUGGCUAAAACAAAAAGGCCGACAACAUUCGUGGCAUUGCGCAUGGAUCGAAGUAACUGAGCUAUUGCCCGACCAAUAUCCGCGAUUGGCCAGACAUUGGCAUUUCGAAUGCAACAGAUGGCUAUCUCCAAAGGAGGAAGAUCGACAAACCGCUUGGGAUCUUUCAUGCAGUGAAGAAUUUGUGGACGAUCCUGUCCGUGGGCAUGUUAACGACCUCGAAGUACUGCAGACUUCCCUAGCUACCACCGAUGUUGUACUAAUGACCGAGAGACCUGAAGUAGAGCCCGGAGAUGUUGUCUACACGGUCGAAGUGCACACUGGAAUGAGGAAAAACGCGGAAACCUCGAACAAUGCUUGGCUCGCGGUUUCUGGAUCUCGUGGCACGACCAAAACCUUGGAGAUAAACAAUUCCGAGGACAGCCCGGUCCUUCAAAGUGGACAAACGAAUAAGUUUGACUUAUUCAGUCCACCAGUGGGUACCCUUGAAAAACUCAAUCUUGGUCUAGUUCAAGACCAAGAUCAAACAAUCCUCUCAGUGUCCGCACCGACAGAUAUGCGAAACCACGACUCUCAUUGGUUCUGCGAAUGGGUCAAGGUGCGUGACCCAGUCAGCCGACGAACAUACAUUUUUCAAGUGAACAAAUGGAUAGAGGCCACAAAACGCCAUUCUACUUGGUCCAAGGUGAUUUUAGAUGUCACCGAAGUAGUCGAAGAUCCUUCGCUAAUGGCCCUCCAAUCACUGAAAGUGGGUAUCCUUGAAAAACUCAAUCUUGGUCUAGUUCAACACCAAGAGCAAACAAUCCUCUCAGUGUCCGCACCGACAGAUAUGCGAAACCACGACUCUCAUUGGUUCUGCGAAUGGGUCAAGGUGCGUGACCCAGUCAGCCGACGAACAUACAUUUUUCAAGUGAACAAAUGGAUAGAGGCCACAAAACGCCAUUCUACUUGGUCCAAGGUGAUUUUAGAUGUCACCGAAGUAGUCGAAGAUCCUUCGCUAAUGGCCCUCCAAUCACUGAAAGCGAAACCAAUCGUUCGGUACAAAGUCUCGGUGUACACUGGCAGUAGGCUGAGCGGAGGAACCGAUGCAAACGUAUACAUUACCUUAUUUGCCGAGCAACCUGGGCUAAGUUCUGGAAGACGUGCACUAAAGAGGGAUGGUCGCAACCUAUUCGAGCGCAACAACUUGGACGAAUUUCAGAUUCAUUGUAUCGAUCUUGGCAAAAUAACCCGUCUGCGGAUCGAACACGAUAACACAAGCACCAGAACUGACUGGUUCCUCGAUAAAGUACAAACGAAGAUGCAGCUUCUAGAGUCCCUUAAAAGUGGAAAGCCGCUUUUGGUUGCCGAUGUUGUUAUGGAUGAUGAUGACGACGCGAUGGUUGCAAAAAGCCGGAUAAUUGAUGAAAGUUGUGAUCCACCCGUUCGAAUGAAGUGUCCUAUGUUCAUCACUAGAAGCAAUAACUCCGUACUAUCUCGCCUUAUCGAAGCUGAAAGCAUCGAGGAACAGGAUACAAAGUUUGCACCGGCCUGCUUCUGA